GUUCCCCGCCAUCUUUCCCCUCAAAACACACAAUGGCGUCUGGUUUCGGUCUCAAUGGCGGUCCUUCCCGCUGCUACAACUUCUGGCAAGAAGUUCUUGGCUGCUAUGUCGUUAAUGCCGGAGAGGGAGAAUCUGGCAAGAGAAAGUGCCUGCCCGCCUUAGAGGAUUACCACGAGUGCUUACAUCACCGGAAAGAGGCUCUGCGGACGAUGAGAAUGCAGGCUGCCUACCGAAAGGCUGAAGCCGCACACCCCCGCGAAGCCGGAGCACAAGCAGAACAGGUUCGAAGUUUGGGGCUGUUAACCCGGUGAGGACCUUUGGAAGAGAUAAAGGAAGAUGUACCUGUUGAACGUCCGCGCGGUUUGGGGAAGUAAUGGCCCAGCUUCAGCGAGGUGGUUGGAUGAGAAUCGGGUAAACCAACUACUGCUCGACAAUAUCAGACCAAGAAGGACGGUGCUGAGCGCGUUUUCUCGUUGAGUUUUUUUUUUACCAUCUGAAGGUCAUGCUGUUCUUAUCCCCUGUUACUGUAUAGAAAUGGAAUUUCAACUUUGAGGGAUACGG